AUGUUAUCAUACUUAUCAGAUGACAAUUUCAGAUCUGGUUGGAAUAUAUUGCUUUAUUUGUCUCUUUUAUUGCCGACUGUCCAUUUUUGGUCCGGUUGGAUUUGGUAUUUUACAAAUUUUACUUGGUGCAAAGAGACCAGUCAUUUACGUUUUGUAUUAAUACAAGCGGGCGAUAUGUUUGUCACUUUAGUUGCAUUUACCAUCUUAGCAAAGAAUACAAUCAGAUUCAAGCUGUUUCGUAUCAAAGUUUCAGGUAAUCAAGUAACGGAAUGUUUCAUUCUUUUAUGCACAUGGUUCACAAUAACUUCAAUGUUAUCAGGUAUAACAGGAGGAAUAAUUUUUUAUUUUGAAAACUCAGUUUCAUAUGAUCGAUAUCAAUGGAUUGCACCACCACGUUAUUUAACACCAAAAGAUGAAGCAACAUUUGAAGAAAUUCUAGCAACAGAAGUUUAUAUGUCGAAAUGUGGUCAAUAUCCCAAUGUAACAGAAACUCUUUUGAAACUUAUCGAGAAAUAUCAAUCAAACAGUCAAUUUCUUUCAAAAGAAUAUCCAGGUACUUUUAAACAAUAUAGAAAUACACUUGGCAAAUUACAUCUUGCACAUGGUUUAUAUUUGUAUUAUCAUGGAAAAUAUAAGGAAGCUAUCGUUAGUUUUAAUAGUUCAAUCACACCAAAUCAAUUUGAACUUCACAAUAAAUAUUAUCUUAUAUGUGCACGAAAUAUACUUGGCGAAUAUUCACAAGAAGAUUUAAAUCUUCAAAAGAAAGAAUUUCUUCAAGAGAUGCGGUUAGCUUUAGUAGAAGAUAAUGAAGUGCCUAGAAAUGAAACAUACAAAAAUUGUGAGAUGCGAUGGCUUCCUUUUCUAAUGAUUGAUUAUCUCGAUAUGUUAGAGCCGAUUUCUAAUGAACAAAUCUCCCAAAAAGAUGAACAAACUAGAGAAAUAUCAUCUUCAGGAUUAUUUAUGGAUAUUUGGCCAACUCAUUUAGAAUUUGCUGAAUUAAGUAGUGUUACAUAUUGUAAAAGUCGUUUAUCUCAACUUUCUUCUUGGUUAUUUAUUGCUGAAUUUGAUGAUAAUACAGAUAACACUGGUUACUAUGGUAUAGCAGUACGGCAUAACCGAACAAAUGAAGUAGUAAUUGCUCACCGAGGGACGACUUUUGAUAUUAAUACUGCUUCACUUCUUGCUGACUAUCAACUAUUUCUUCGUAAAACUCCCGAACAAUUUCGUAUAGCACGACAAUUUACAAACGAAAUUCGCAAUCGAAAUGAACUAGGUCGAUCAGGUAUUGUAUGGCAUACUGGUCAUUCACUAGGUGGAGCUAUUGCCGAAUUUCUUGUUGCUAAUGAAACAUUAUCCAAGCAGCAAACUCUUUCAUUUGCUGUCACGUUCGACAGUCCUGGUAUACUGGAAAUUAUUGAAGAAUAUCACUAUCGUUCAGAGACACCAGAAAAUCUGCCAAAACCAAAUGAAUUUUUUGUGAUCGGUUAUUUAUCUGUGCCAAAUGUAGUCAAUACAAUGGGCACACAUAUUGGUCUUACUCUUCGUCUAUCUCCACUUCCACGUUUAGUAUCAUUUCCUGUACUUGCAGAACUCGGUUAUGAUAUAUUUAUUUCAAAAAUGAUAUCUAAUCAUCUUAAACCAGUUAUUGAUCUAUUAGCGAGCGAGGCAAAUAAACAAUUACAUUGGCAUAGUAUACAAACAAUAAUCAAUUCGUUUAAAAUCCCACCAAAUAAAAAUGGUCUUCCAAGAAUUAUGAAACCGGUUCUUCAAUGGCCAAAAGGUUUUCAACAAUUUAAUUGUUUUCUCAAUUUAGCUUCUGAACAUAAUUUAACAACAUUAGACAUCACGAAAUACGGGAAUAAUAGUGAAGUUUUAAAUGAUUUUAAACGAUGUAAUUACCAUGUAAUUGAUAAUUAUGGAUAUUCCCACUUUCCACUACCAUUACAAAUAUGGAAUAAGAAAAUACAAAAUUUCUUUAAAAAAAUUAUCGAUAUCCAUAACGAUCCAAAGCGAAAGUAUGUAAGCGUUCGAUUGAAUCCUAAUUGUGAAUUAAUUAAAUUCGUAAAUGGUAAUGCUACACAACUUAUUCUAAAUGCUCUUCAUGCGAAAACCAACGAUCUUUAUCCAAACAUGAAAAUGAUCACUCUUGACACAUCAUUAAUAUUAAUUAACAAUGAACAAAUACAUAGUACCGAUAUUAUUAAUAUAUCCAUUUUGUUUUCUCUUGUUAACUUAGAUAAUUGUAUUCUAUAA